GAUAGUCUCGCAAGAAAAUGGCUGACCAGCAUACCCCCUCCAAUUCAAAUCAAACAGCCAAAAAAUAAAUCGCAAAAACUAUCUUAGAGCAGCGGGUACGCUGGUCUCUUGUUAAUUAUUUAAACGAGUUAAUAUCAUUUCGAAUUGAUUGAAAAUUAUUCUACAAGUAUUCAUCUUAACGAUCAGCGUUCAUUUCGAGACCGCAAGAUUGAAGAAAUAUUGUAAUUAACAAGGAAAAACAUCAAGCAACGCCCGUAAACUUUAAUCUUUCUUCUCAGCUGUGUUGUCAAUUAAUUUCUAACAGGUUUUUUGAAAUAAAUCUGUGAUCAACUGAUUACGCUACGAUUCAUCAUCGCAAUAUCCACUGACAAUACUGACACCAUGUCACUUGUCAACGAUGAAUUCGCGAUUGUCUCAUCAUUUCUCACGUAUCAGCAGUUUACUUCUUACGUCGUCGGGGAGACGAAAUCUGUAGAAUGACCUCGCUAUGCCGCGUUUCGUGUUGUCUUCAGUCGGUGAUCAACUAUCAGUUGGACGAUUUCCUAUGAGGAAUUCGGAUCCGACGGUCUAACUUUCUCUUUUCAAGCCGUCUACCACCACCGAAUCUACAUUCCGUUCGAAGUUUCGGCAGAAAUAUUUCUAGUGAUGAAGAAGUUGUAUGUAUGUUAGAAUUUUUUUCGUUCAAUUUCUCCAAUAGACAAAAAUUUCAAAAAUGAGUAACGAUAUAGUAAUCGUGUCUGCUGCUAGAACGCCGAUAGGUGAUUUUAGAGGUGGUCUCUCAGAACUGAGAGCUCAUGAAUUGGGUGCUGUAGUAAUAAAAGAAGUCCUAAACCGAGCCAAUAUCAAGUCUGAAGAUGUUUCUGAAGUAAUUUUAGGACAGGUGCUAACUGCGGGCCAGGGUCAAAAUCCUGCUCGGCAAGCAGCCAUCCAAGCCGGCCUUCCUGACUCAGUUCCAGCAUACUGCAUAAAUUUACUAUGUGGAUCCGGAUUACAGGCUGUGACCGAUGGAUAUCUACACGUUUUAGGAGGAGUUUCUAAAAUCGUCGUUUGUGGUGGUCAAGAAAGUAUGAGUCAAGCUCAACAUGCAGCUUAUCUCAGGCCGGGAACGAAAUUGGGAGAAUUUCGGUUAGCAGAUACUAUGAUUUGCGAUGGUCUGACAGACGCGUUCCACAAUUGCCAUAUGGGAGAUACCGCUGAACACAUUGCCGAAAAGUACAACGUAUCGCGAGACGAACAAGAUGAAUUUGCUCUAGAAUCGCAGCGCAAAGCUGAAAGUGCCAUAAAAAAUGAAAAAUUCAAAAAAGAAAUUGUUCCCGUUGUGAUCAAAAGAAGGAAAGAGCAAGUCGUUAUAACCACCGAUGAGUAUCCUAAAUUGGGUUGUACUAUAAGUACAUUGCAAAAAUUGAGACCAGCUUUUAAACAAAAUGGCACCGUUACCGCCGGUAACGCCUCCGGUAUAAAUGACGGAGCUGCCGCUGUCGUCUUGAUGAAAAAAUCCGAAGCUGAUCGUCGGAGUUUACCGUCUUUAGCUAGGAUUGUAGCUGUUACCAGAGUUGGGGUGCCGCCGCUUCUUAUGGGAUUAUCUCCAAUUCAAGCCAUUCAAUCUUUGUUAACGGAAACAGGAUGGAGUAAAAAUGAAGUAGACGUUUACGAAAUUAAUGAAGCAUUUGCUGCACAAGCAAUCGUCGUUUUGAAAGAACUCGACCUUAAUCCGGACAAAGUCAACAUAAACGGCGGAGCUGUGGCACUCGGUCAUCCGAUAGGCGCCUCAGGCGCACGUGUCUUGGUUACGCUUCUGAGUGCAUUAGAACAAACAGGUGGUAAAAAAGGUAUUGCUGCAUUAUGCAUUGGAGGUGGACAAGGAAUCGCUAUGGCUAUUGAAAAAUUGUGAUUAACUUUUUACAGUUUUGAACUGAUUGUUUUUUUAUUUGUUUGCUUGUAAGUUUAAUUAAAUUUUAACUAUUUCAGUG